AUGGUAGGAGCUCAAACCACUGAACAAGGAGACUGUUCAAAGUUUAAAGGAAACAUACUCAUUGCUGCAAAAAGAACCCUACAGUGGUUGACUUGCUCCCUGGAGUCCCUUUACAACCAGCAGUUCACUAACUGUUGCAAGGGAGGCGUGAUGGCCUCGUGGGGACAAGAUCCAGCAGCCUCAAUCUCUGCUUUUCAGGUAAGUGUUGGCCUUGCUGGGACUUCAAACAAGACAGUGAAACUGCCAAAGAACUUCACUCUGCUUGGUCCUGGCCCUGGAUACACCUGUGGCCCUGCAAAAAUCGUACCUUCCACAGUCUUCCUCACACCUGAUCGCAGGCGAAAAACUCAAGCUCUGAUGACAUGGAAUGUGACCUGCACUUACUCACAGAGUGAUUCAAAGGAAGCACACAGGAAAGGAAUAAACACGCCAAAGAAGGACAAUUCACCAUUGCUGCAAUGCACACAUCAUAUGUGCCCUAUACGUGUGCACUGGCAUGUGAAGCUCAACUACAAAGACUACUGGCGUGUGAAGAUUGCCAUCACUAAUUUUAACUACCGAAUGAACUAUACACAAUGGACACUGGUUGCACAGCAUCCCAAUCUCGACAAGGUUACCCAAGUCUUCAGCUUUGAUUACAAGCCUCUUGUCCCAUACGAAUCUAUAAAUGACACAGGCAUGUUUUAUGGCAUGAAGUACUACAAUGACCUGUUAAUGGAAGCUGGACCUGAAGGAAAUGUCCAGUCUGAGGUGCUUCUGCAGAAGAACAAGGAAACAUUUUCCUUCAAGCAGGGCUGGGCAUUUCCUCGAAAAGUUUACUUCAAUGGUGAUGAAUGCUUGCUGCCUCCACCUGAUACAUACCCAUUUUUACCAAACUCUGCUUCUGCAGAUCCUGUUGCAUUUUUUAUAGUGGCAUCUUCAGUUUUCUUGGGGAUGCUGUUCCUUUUCUGAUAAUUUUUCCUCUGGGGAACCAGAAGAUUUUGAGGUUGGUUUCAAAGACUGGAUGCCUACAUUGUCUUCUAUGACAGGUAUAUAUACAAUACAACCAUAAUUUCUUGGAGAUAAAUAGGGAUAUUGUCAGAGUGUGAGAUUUCAAUUUUAGGAACCUUUCAGUAGAGAUGCAUGAGGUUGUCAAUAAAUAAUCUAUACACGCAUAGCUAAUCUUGAAAUGUGCAAUAUUUUUGGAGUCAACCUUGGUGUCUAAUUUGCAGAUUAGACUCCUCCAUAUUUGAGGAGAGUAUAUUUUGCAAACAAAAUUUUCCAUACUACAGAAGUUUAUUACAGAUGCUGCAUGCAUGAGAAAGUGGAAGUAAAAUUUAUGAAGACAUAAUUCUGGGAACAUAUCCAUAUAUCAAAUCAUUUCUGCAUGAAGUUCUUCAUUACAAUGCUUUCAACGAUCUUGGACAUUCCACAAACAAAUUGAUGAGGUGUAUAAUAUAAAUAAAAUUACAGAAAAGAACUAACUCUGAACAAAAAAAAAUAUGCAGCAAUUCUAAACCUCAACGUAUAAAA